AAACACGAGAUCCACAGAUGAAGGAAAUAACCGUAGUUGAAAUCUGCGCCUCGCCUCGUCAAUCCGAGCUUUAUCGCUUUCGGAAGCGCCGCGUAUCGCGCUGCGAUUUGUCAGCGCACUAUCAACGUUAUAAAACACAUCUGAAGCAAAAAAAAAGAAAAAAAAAAAGACGCGCGUCCCGUGUCUGUGUUCUGGCCGCUCGGCGGAAAUCCGGCUGAAUUUCCAUCUUCCUCCCGGGAGAAGUACGAGUUUUCAAUUCGAGAGGAGCGAACUUCGCACACACAGGUAGGAUUCGGAAAAAGCGAGGCGUGUGGGAGAAGCGGCGUUCACCACCGGUGGGGCUCUCACGGAGGGAUCUAAUUGGCCGACGUGCGCGAGGUGUUCGCAGCUAAGUGUCGUGAGUUCGGUCGUUAUUCUAACAGUGUCAGAGUGACCGUUGCGCUGUGCUGUACGACAAACAGCGACGUCGAUUUCCCGUCUCGUCAAGCAGCCUCCACAGCCGAUCGACUCUGCGACUCUGCGCGUCUGGCCAUCCCUGGACAUCCGUCGACAUGGUGGAGAACGGCAUGUCCCUCGAUCAGAAGAAGCCGGAGAUGAAGAAGCAGGAGGACACGGACUCUCGUCCGAAAGGUCUCUUUGGGAGACGUCACUUUGUGACUUUUAUGCUGUUUCUCGGUAUGGCCAACGCUUACGUAAUGAGGACCAACAUGUCCGUGGCUAUCGUCGCGAUGGUCAACCACACGGCGUGCAUCGACAAGCACGAGGAAGUGACGAACGAGUGCCCGGAGUACAUCGUCCCCGAGAACGCGACUGUUAAAAACAGCAGCGACGGCGAGUUCUCGUGGUGCAGCAAGGAACAAGGCUACCUCUUGAGCGCCUUCUUCUACGGCUACGUAAUCACGCAGAUACCGUUCGGUAUACUCGCGAAGCGCUACGGCUCCAAGUACUUCCUCGGGAUCGGCAUGCUGAUCAACUCGCUGUUCGGGCUGCUGGUACCUGCGUCCGCGCACUUUGGCUACUUCUGGCUGAUCGUCGUACGCUUCAUCCAGGGUCUGGGAGAGGGUCCUAUUGUGCCUUGCACGCACGCAAUGCUGGCCAAGUGGAUACCACCUAACGAACGCAGUAGGAUGGGUGCCUUCGUCUAUGCCGGCGCGCAGUUCGGCACGAUAAUCUCCAUGCCUCUGAGCGGGGUGCUAUCCGAGUACGGAUUCGCAGGCGGCUGGCCAUCAAUAUUCUACGUCUUUGGUACUGUCGGCACUCUCUGGUGCAUAUUCUUCCUCAUGUUCGUCCACGAGGACCCCGAGAAGGAUCCGCACAUCGCAGAAGACGAGAAGAAGUAUAUAGUGAGCGCCCUGUGGGGCAGCGCCGGCGCAUCUUCGCCGCCGGUCCCGUGGAAGUCUAUCGUAACUUCGCUGCCGUUCUGGGCUAUCUUGAUAGCGCACAUGGGUCACAAUUAUGGAUACGAAACCCUGAUGACCGAGCUUCCGACCUACAUGAAGCAGAUUCUUCACUUUGACAUCAAAUCGAAUGGCUCAGUUUCGUCGCUACCGUACUUGGCCAUGUGGAUCUUUUCUAUGGUAAUCUCUCAUAUCGCCGACUGGAUGAUUUCGUCGGGUAGAUUCAAUCAUACCUCCACUCGCAAGAUCAUCAACAGCAUCGGCCAGUAUUCGCCGGCCGUGGCAUUGGCAGCCGCCUCAUAUACCGGAUGCAGUCGCUGGUUGACAGUAGCCCUUUUGACGAUCGGAGUCGGCCUGAACGGCGGUAUAUAUUCCGGCUUUAAAGUCAAUCAUCUCGACAUCUCGCCGAGGUUCGCCGGAGUUUUAAUGUCCUUCACGAAUUGUCUGGCUAAUCUGGCCGGUCUGCUCGCGCCUAUCACAGCUGGAUAUAUCAUCACGGGAACGCCAACACAAGCGAAAUGGAGGACCGUGUUUAUGAUCUGCGCUGGCGUUUACGUCGUGUGUGCGACGUUCUAUGUAGUCUUCAGCUCUGGCCAGAGGCAGAAGUGGGACAAUCCUGAUAAGGAUGACGAGAAGAACGAGAGAAGGGAGAUGGAGAGUGUAACCGUCGUUAACGAGACUCAACAUUGACAACAACAGUAACAACACGUUUUACCGAUAAGAUCAGUAAGGAGAUUAACACUGAUGAUGCGACGAUCGAGUCCACCUGGCCAUCUCUGCCUGUAUACAUUCAUUCCCUCCAUGUUAUUUAGCCAUUCGGAACGAACGAGUUACAAUUAAGAAGAAGUAAGAAUUAAUCUCGGAAUUUUCUUCUUUUUUCUCUUUUUAUCAAGGAGAUGCAAAAUUUCCGAUAAUUGUAGUCUAUUGUGUAAGUCUUUAUACUUUUGUAUUUUAUUGCAAAAGUUACAUACCAAUUGCUGUAGUAGUAUAGCACAUGUGUCUCAUGUUAGAGACAAUUUGUAUGCUUGUGUGUGUAACGAGAGAGAGAGAGAGAGAGAGAGAGGGAGAGAAAGCAACAGAGCGAACGAUAAAGACGAACGAAAGAAAGAAAAGGGCAAAUAUAUUGCCAUGUCCUAAAAGGGACAUAUACUCAAAACCGAGCUUUCGUUAGAAGAAGAAAAAAAAGCUUUGGUUUUCGCGUUGUUUCUUAUAUUUUAUAAUUUAUAUCGAUUUUAUAUAUAUGUAAUAAUAUUACGCAAAACUAGAAAAUCUGACUUUAAGAGCUGAAAUAUAUUAGAGAAACAAUGGCGAAGGUUAAAUAUAUUUCUCGAAACAGGAAAUGCAAAUCAUUGCCUGUAGAUUAACGAAUUUCUAAAUUCGUGCUGGAAAUGUUAUCAUGACAAACGGGAAGUCAAUCACGGGAGUGAUCACGAUCUCAAAAGAAGAUCAAAAAUGACAUUUCAACAUGCUUCUCGCUAACGUUGUUUUUCGAUUCUCGAGAAUGAUCCGUACAAUUUCCAAAUCGAAUCUUUCUAGAGCGUAAUAUUAAACUCGAGAGACUCUCGUAGUAUGCGGUGUUAUACAUGCGCAAAAUUUGCCUCCGACGGAACAUACACUCCGAUAAAUACAAAAUCUAAUUUGGACAAUGAGCACUCUAUCGGCGGUUGAUUCAACGAAAAUUUGUACCAAUCUGGGUCUUCCAUGCUAAAAUAGCACAUCGGUCUUUGCACUGUAUGUUUGUAAAAUGAGAUGUGUAUGUGUGUAUGCGCGCGCAUAUGUGUGUACAUAUAUACACAUACAUGCGCGCGCGUGUUGUAUGUGUGUAUUUAUAUAGCCGCUAAGCUUAUACACGUUAAAUGAGAAACGUCAUCUGUCUUAGUGCUUUUUCCGUUGCUUAUCUUCAAGUUAGAUUUCGUGUUUGACAAACUUGGCAGCAGUAUUAGGAUUAAAAAUCCUCAUUAUUCAUCCUUGUCUGUUACGUCACUUUUUAUUACAACUACUGCCAUUUUGUAUUGUAUUGUAUGGCCCGGGGCGAAAGAGGUGAGUGGAACGCGAGGUUAAAACGUGUUCCCGGUUCUCGUCUUCAAAGACUUUUACCGGAUCCAGACGCCGCGCGAACAGCACAGUGUACAAUACAAUAAUGGUGUUUAUACAUACUGUAGAUAUUUGCGCGUAGUAUCCCCGUUAAGUUGUAGGAUAUUAAUUAAAUCAUAGUUAUUAUUUAUAUACAGUGUUUAUAAAGGAUUAAAAAAAAAAACAUUGUUACGUUAAUCGUACAGGAAUGAAAAUUGUGUCAGAUUCAGAUGAAAGGAUUUCGAUUUUAUUUAUAUAGUAGAAUGCAUUUUUUUUUAUCGAUAAGUAAUCUCUCUUAAGUAGCACAAAGUAACCACUCUUCGACGACAAUUGUGAUUCCUCAUCGUAGACUCGUAGAGUUUCGAAUAUCGAGGCUACAUACAUAUACGUUUGUAAUUAAUAUUAUUAUUGAUCCUCUCGUCUGAUGAAAUACAUAAUUACGCGGAAUGAAUCCGAGUUCUCUUAAGCCGUCGAGAAUAAGUUUUCCAAAGAUACGCAGUACUUUUGUGCCUCCUUUUUUAUAUGUAUUCUCACAACAAUACGCAUUAUAUUUGGAAUGUAUUCAGUGCGACUCUGAUUCUUACUACUACGUUCUACAAAAGUUCUAAAUUUCGAAUAAGAGUAUAAAAAAGAUGUACUUGAACGUUCCACGAGACUUGAACGUUCUCGUGAUUCACAAGUCGAAUUUAUACCGAUUAGCAGGCCAGGACCUAAAAAGUUGGAACUAUUAAAAGAUAUUUUUUCAAAAAA